GUGCCAGGCCGCCGAGAGCCCCGCGGCCGCCGGCGGCUCCAUGCGGGCCGCGCCUCAGGAAGAGGCGGAGCGCGGCGGGGCCGUUGGCGGGGCCGGGCCGGGAGCCGCCAUGGGCGAGGCGGGCGCUGCGCUGCAGGGCUACAACGCGGCGCUGCUGGAGGGGCUGGCGGAGCUGCGGGCACGGCGGGACGAGCUGAGCGAGCGGAUCCGGGAGGAGGAGGCGGAGCGGGGGCGGCUGCAGGCGAGGCUCGGGGCGCUGAGCCAGCGGCUGGCCCGCACCAACGAGAGCCUGGCCGGGCACCUGGCCGCACGCAGCGAGCUGGACAGGAGCAUCGCCGAGACAGAGGCGGCCUACGGCAAGGCAACAACUACUAUAAGCGUUGAAUCCUCUUAUCUCCUCAGGCCAGUGCCUUCUGGCCAGCCUUCCUGGCAGCAGCUGUUUUCAGAUGAAGCUGGAGCUGAUUUCUCUGCCUGCUUCAAGACCUGCUGGUUUAGGGUGAAGGGGACAACUCACAUAAAAAUUGUAACAGCUUAGCAAUUUUGUUGUAAAGUUACAGAAACAACAGCACAGGUUCUAAAAGAAACCUUCCCUGAGAUACAAGUCACAAGCCCCUAUCCUACAAACAAAUUCAUGUUUAUUGAAAUUAGAAGACAAAGUCACAGUAGGUAAAGAGCCAAGGUGGUUAGGAGAGGAAAUGCAGACAUCCUGCAAAUAGAAACAAGUAACAAAGUUCCUUUCCUGUGGAUUUCCAUCUCUUGUCUGUAAUCAUACUCCUUGCCUUUCCCCAGCCCAUGAGUUGCAGGACUCCGUCCCCAUCCACCGCAUUCUUCCAUGGACACAGACGACAAGAUCCCACCAACUUCUACUGGCAUCUCGGCCUGCGGGGCACUUGCUUUCAUCUCUUCUCUGACCACUUAAUGAUUUCCACAAGUUUAUAGGAGUGUAAAAAUGAUCUUUGGGACUAUAACCCUGCUAUAACUUUUUGUUACAGUUGUCCACCGUGUUAAAACUUUACAACAGAGAGAUGGACAGGCAACAAGAUUUUCUAAGCCUAGCAUAGCCUUGUAUCCUAACGCACCACAAGUUGGAGUGCUAAAUUAUAUAAAACAAGCUAAAAGCAAAAGAAAAUGAAUAAAAGCAGAAAGAUUUAGUCUGACUUAAGGUCAUUGUGGAGUUGAGUAACAUCUUGAAGCAAGAAACCUGAAGUGUGCAGUUUUAGUAGUAGAAGACAGUUGAAACUGUGUCUGAGUACAAUUCUAAUACUGAUCUAAAAAGCCCAAGUAUCAAGAUCUCUUAAAAACUAAAGUCUAGUCCACAGCCUGCUGCAGCAGGAAGUUCUCUGCCCCGUGUUCGAAGACUGAUAAACUGCUUAAGUUAUUUCUUAUUCAUAAAAUGGGCAUAAACCAGAGAAAUUCCUCCACAGAUAUUCCUGCAGUGAGACAGAAUACCUAAUUCUCAGUGGUGUAACAUCCUAAGGGAUGGAGAGUCCCCUCUUGCUCCAAGGUAGAUCAGGUGAAUUCAGAAAGAACUGUUUAGUUGAUGUAAAAAAAUAAGCUGUUUUUAUUUUCUUCUUUCCCAGAUUCUGGAGAGUUCUCAGACAUUGCUAGAUGUCCUGAAGGGAGAAAUUGGGAAUGCUAGUAAAGCCAGUGAGCCAAAAAGCACUUCAAAACAAAAAGAAAAACAAACGAGUGGACAAAAGCAUUCCUAAAC